UUCUCAACCAGUGAUAGAGCAGUGUGCGAUUAUAACUAUUUUUUUUUCCUUCCGGAAUAAUAAUCUCGUUAUCAACCCAUUUUACAACAGCAUUUUGAUCACUCCAAACUGCAUUUGUGUGAAAAAUGGCCUGUUCCAAGACGAUUCACGGCUCAGCUGCUCUGCUGAAGAAUUCAGCUGCAUUCAAUAGUUUCAUCGGUAAAAGAGCCUGCUCAUGGUGGGGUGCGGUGCAGAUGGGUCCACCGGACGUAAUCCUGGGUGUGACCGAAGCCUACAAACGGGAUACCAACCCGAAGAAGAUCAACCUUGGUGUGGGUGCCUACCGGGAUGACAAUGGCAAACCGUUCGUGCUUCCCAGUGUCCGCAAGGCCGAACGCCGCCUCAUGGAGAAACAGCUGGACCAUGAAUACUCGCCCAUUGGUGGAACGUCCGAGUUCUGCAAGUACAGCAUUUCCCUGGCAUUGGGAGAUGACAGCCAACACGUAGCAAACGGACAGAAUGCCACGGUACAGUCAGUCAGUGGAACCGGUGCCCUGCGCAUCGGAGGAGCCUUCCUGAAUGGGUUCUUCCCGGGCUCGAAGGACAUCUAUCUACCAACUCCAUCCUGGGGUAACCACGGUCCAAUCUUCCGUCAUUCGGGACUGAACGUCAAAGCCUAUCGGUAUUACCAACCGAGCACUUGUGGAUUUGACUACCAAGGAGCUCUAGAGGAUUUAUCGAAAAUUCCAGAACGUUCCAUUGUUCUCCUGCAUGCCUGCGCCCACAAUCCAACCGGUGUCGACCCGCGUCCGGAACAGUGGGCCGAGAUAUCUGCCGUCAUGAAGAAACGAAACCUGUUCCCAUUCUUUGACAUGGCCUACCAGGGCUUUGCCAGCGGUGAUGUCACCAAGGAUGCGUUUGCCGUUCGUGCCUUCCUGAAGGACGGUCACCAGAUUGCACUGGCUCAGAGUUACGCCAAAAACUUAGGCAUGUACGGUGAACGUGUUGGAGCAUUCUCGUUGGUCUGCACCGACAAGGAGGAAGCCGCUCGUACCAUGUCGCAGAUUAAGAUCCUGAUUCGUCCGAUGUAUUCCAAUCCUCCAAUUCACGGUGCUCGUUUGGUGACGGAAAUUCUUGGCGAUGCCAGCUUGAAGCAGGAAUGGCUGGGCGAUGUCAAACUGAUGGCCAACCGUAUCAUCUCGGUGCGUAGCAAGCUGCAGGACAAUCUGAAGAAGCUGGGCUCUUCCCGCAACUGGCAACACAUCACCGACCAGAUCGGCAUGUUCUGCUUCACCGGCAUGGACCAGAAGCAGUGCGAACGACUGACGAAGGAAUUCAGCGUCUACUUAACCAAAGACGGCCGCAUCUCGAUGGCCGGCGUUACGACCAAGAACGUCGACUAUCUGGCUGAAGCCAUGCACGCCGUAACCAAGUAAGGCAAGCUCGAG